AUGCUGGAGCCUUUCAAUCACAUGAUGGAUGAGGCGAAUGCACUCAGUCAUCAGCUCUUUGAUGGCGCCCUCCCCGAUGCGCUAGACUACACCGGCGAAGUGGGGUAUGUUAAGCGGGUUGACGGGCAGAGAAUAGUCAGCAGCGAAAGACAGGGAAAAGCCAACGAUCUGAAACAAACUAUAAAUAUCUCAGAUAUAGAUACAGAGCAGGAAGACACGGACCCACAGCACAGAGAUGUGGAGGAUAACGGUGGUCAGCGCAGUCAAGUAGCUGAGUCUGAGAUGGGUACUGACCGAGGAAAGGGGUCUAAUGCAGACAAUCAGAACACGGGUGAGAUAGAAGGUGCGCCAAAAGAGAGUGAAGAUGUUCGUGGUGAUGGGGAGGAGGGUGUGAGUAAGAGUGCUCAGGAGUCAAGUGAGAGCAAAGAGAUGUCAAGUGAGAGCAAAGAGACAUCAAGUGAGAGCAAAGAGAUGUCAAGUGAGAGCAAAGAGACAUCAAGUGAGAGCAAAGAGAUGUCAAAUGAGAGUAAAGAGAUGUCAAAUGAGAGUAAAGGAGCACCAAAUGAGAGUAAAGAGACGUCAAGCGAGAGUAAAGGAGCACCAAGUGAGAGUAAAGAGACAUCAAGUGAGAGUAGAGAGACAUCAAGUGAGAGUAAAGAGAUGUCAAGCGAGAGUAAAGAGACGUCAAGCGAGAGUAAAGAGACAUCAAGCGAGAGUAAAGACAUGCCAAGCAAGGGUGAAAGUGCGUCAAGUAAAAGUAAAGGCGCGUCUGAUGAUACUGUUUCCGACUACGGAAGCAACAAUGACAACAACGGUGCCGAAGCAGAAGCAGCACUCAAAGGACAGCACGACAAGCUGCAUGAGAAUGAGCGAGAGAGCCAUGAUGAAGAUCUGGGGACCACAGUAAGUCUUUAG